AUUAGACUACUUUAUCAUAAUAAAAUCUCUGUUAAUCUGAUUGCAGGUUUUAUCGAACUCUUAUAGGUUCCAGGAACUAAAUGAUCAGGUUAAAUGUGUAUUGCUCUUUACUGUCAUGUCCAGGUGAAAAAGUCAAGGAUCACCAUCGGCUAAUUCGGUAUAACGGACAGAAAUGGAACCGGAGUUCGUCUCAAAGAAUUAUUACUAGCAUGGCUUUGAAAGAUGAGAUGGAUGGUCGGUUUAGCAACUUGCCCGGCCAGAGUUGGGAACCUGGAUUGGAAACUGCGGUCCCUUAUGAGCAAAGACCGGUAAAUGAGUACUCAUCUUUAAAGGAAGGACCAUUAUACUCAUGGGGCGAACUGAAACCGCCAUCCUUUUUCCUGCGGCUUGGAGGGCUUUGGUUGGUGACAUUUACUGUUCUUGGAGUGCCAAUAUCAGCUGCCAGCUUCAAUCCUUCAAGUGAUCCUUUACGAUUUUUACUAGCUGCAGGAACGGGGACACUUUUUCUUGUAUCAUUAGUUGUUCUGCGGAUUUAUCUGGGAUGGAGUUACGUAGGGGACAGACUAUUAUCAGCAGUGAUACCCUAUGAAGAGAGUGGUUGGUAUGAUGGACAAAUGUGGGUUAAGCCUCCAGAGAUUCUGGCCCGUGAUAGAUUACUGGGGUCAUACAAGGUCAAACCAGUCAUCAAGUUGCUCAAACAAACAUUAGUUGGAACUGGUGUCUUACUUGUUACAGCUGUUUCACUGAUCAUUUUUGCCACACCGGUAGAAGAUUUCAUGCUAAGAACUUUUGCAAACAAAGACGAGGUUGCAGCUAUGAAGACCAGUACAAAUAUGAGCAAAGAAGAGCUCCUGAGAUUACCACUGGGUGUGAAGGUUGACGAUGAUUUAGCAGCAGCUGCUGCUGAGGCUGCUGAUGGAAGGCCAGUCUACUGCAGGGACAGGUACUACCGUGCUCUGGCAGGUGGGCAAUAUUGCAAGUGGGAGGACCUGCUUAAGUAAUCAGGAACAAAAGAAACCAAUUUCACACAUUCAAUUCCGUGCAAAACAUAUACAGAUGUAUUUAGUGUUUUUGAGAUGCUAGUCGGAAAGACAAGGAAGAAAAACUUCGAAGAGAUGGAAGUUGAGGAAGUUGAAGAAAGGUUAAAUUAAAGGGCAGACUUGAUACUAGAUUGCAACUAGAAUGAUGUUGUCAUUUGUAUAGCAUAUAUAUAUGUAGCAUUAAAAAGUACAAACAGGAAUCGCCACCCCUCAAGUAAUUUUACAUAUAUCUUUCUAUGCCUUGCAAGAUA